UCCUCCCGCUUGGUAGAGGACCUUGAACAGAAGAUUGUUCUGGCCCGAGAAAUGCUUGACGGUCUUGUUCGCAAACGUGAUGUUUUUGCUGAACAUUUAAAGAACGCCAAAGCGCUAUUACACCCUAUUCGUUCUUUAUCUGAUGACAUUCUACGCGAAAUUUUCGCCUAUUGUGGCAAAGACUGGGACGACUUCUACGCAACCUACACACCUCAUGAUUCCCUUAAUACAACAUUGCCACCAUGGACGAUAUCGCAGGUUUCCCGCAAGUGGAGACACGUGGCUGUCUCCACAUCGCGCCUAUGGUCUUCGAUAUCCCCCGAUUUUCCCUCU